AUGAGGGAAAUCGACGUAACCCGUCCUGUGCUGUUGGUGGUGGUGGAGAGUGACCAAGGGGAAGAGUCAUCGCAGCACCAGCGAGCGCAGCGUGUCCUGCAGCGGGGCCCUGCGCGCUCUCCAGCCCGCCGAGGAAGCAGCAGGCAGGGCCGGCACGCUUCGAGCAGAGCCGGGGCUCUCUCUCCUCCCGGCUCGGGGCCCGCAGCUCGCCCGGGGCGGGGCGCCCACCCGGGAAUCACCGGGAACGGGGCUCGCGGCGUGGGAGCGCAGCUGGGGAUGCUGAAGCGCCGGGACGAGGCCCCUACGACCGGCAGACGGCUCCCGCUAAGGGCAAGGACUUAUGGAUUCGUGGGAAAAAAAACUUUAGAAAGUGCCGAGAAGGAUGGAGAUCCCUCGUGGGAAAGAGAGGGGAGAAGCCUGGGGAAAGGAGACGGGGUUAUUUCCCACCGAAGCACUACCUCCUCCCGCUACCAGCGAAGUUACAGGGGGACGGGGGAGCGGAGCUUAGGGAGCAGCUCGGGUUGCACCGGGGCGCCGUGGGGAGCGGCGGCCCCGCAAGCGUGGACGGGAGAGCUCGGCUUUGAGCCUGGCGCGAUGGACUUGGUGCUGCCCCGCCAGAUGCCUUUGCUUUAUCGGGCGCGGAGGGGAGGCGGGCGCGGGACGGCUCCCGACGGGCCCCACUCACUUGAACUCCGCUCCGGGGCCGUGUGCCGGCGCCGGGAGCCUCUCCGCGCCCGGGCGCGGGUGCGGCGCAGCGGCUCCCCCGCCCCGCGUCGCUACCCGCGGACGCCCAAGUGCGCUCGCUGCCGCAACCACGGGGUGGUGUCGGCGCUGAAGGGCCACAAGCGGUACUGCCGCUGGAAGGACUGCAUGUGCGCCAAGUGCACCCUCAUCGCCGAGCGCCAGCGCGUCAUGGCCGCUCAGGUGGCGCUGCGCCGGCAGCAGGCGCAGGAGGAGAACGAGGCCCGCGAGCUGCAGCUGCUCUACGGCACGGCCGAGGGGCUGGGGGGGGGGGGGGGGGGGGGGGUUCUGCCCCCCCGACCCGCAGAGUCCAAGAUGCAGAAGUUCGAGCUGUUCCCCAAGACGCUGCUGCCGAGCCGCGCCGUCACCCCGCAGCAGGCGGGCGGGAAGCCCCUCUCCCCGGACGGCGAGUCCGUGCCCGGCACCUCCUCCCCAGAUGCUCGCCACGGCUCGGGCUCGGAGUCCAAGGGCCCGAAGGAGGGGGAGGAGAGCCCGGGCUCCAUCAGCCCGCUGGGCUCGGACUCGGGCUCAGAGGCGGACAAGGACGAGCAGGACCCGUCGCCCUCGCCGGCGGCCGGCAGGGCGGCCGGCGGCCGGCAGCGGACUCCCAUCGACAUCCUGACGCGCGUCUUCCCGGCGCACAAGCGCAGCGUCCUGGAGCUGGUGCUGCAGGGCUGCGGCGGGGACGUGGUACAGGCCAUCGAGCAGAUCCUCAACAACCGCGGCCCGGAGAAGGGCCCCGAGGAGGGCUGGGCCCGGGACGGCGCCUUGCAGGGCCUGCCGCCCAGCCCCGCCGCCGCCGCCGCCCACCACCGGCCGCUGAUCGCCGGCGCCAUGGCCCCGGCCAUCGGCACGCUGGGCAGCCGCUCCGCCUUCUCCCCGCUGCAGCCCAACGCCACGCACUUCGGGGCCGAGGCCGGCGCCUACCCGCUGGGCACCCACCUGGGACUGAACCCCCUGCGCCUCGCCUACUCGGCGCACAGCCGCGGACUGGCCUUCAUGACCCCCUACUCCACGGCCGGGCUGAUGCCCACGCUGGGGUUCCGGCCGCCCGUGGACUACGCCUUCAGCGACCUGAUGCGGGACCGCUCGGCCGUGCACAAGGAGCAGGUGUACUCCAGCGGGCUCUACGGGCCCAUGGUCAACAACACCCCCGAGAAGCAGUAGCGGCUUCCUCAAGCUCGGCUGUGUAGCGGUAGCUAGGUAGGCACGGGUGGAUGGACGCGGGGGGUUCCUCUCCCCCGUGCGGGCGGUGGGUGCGUGCAGAGCCCGGCGCGGACAGGCGUAGGUGUAUUAAGGUGAUAAAGGUGCACUUUCAUUGUCCAGACAUGAGUCACUCUUUGUUGCUUAUGGCCAUAAGCAUGGAUAUCCUCAGCGCGUCGUGGGCUGUGCACACACGCACACGCGCGCUCUUUCCCACACGCAUACAUAUAUAUAUAUAUGUAUACUAGCAAGUGUAUAAUGUUAUAAAAUGGAAAUCUAAGUUAUUAAUGUAACUCGUAGGUGAACUUGGUAUUAACGUUAAGCUAAAGGUUAGGCAGCGCAUUGUAAUACUUACCAGGCAUAUAGAUGAAACAUUGUCAAAUUCAAAACCUUUUCCUUCCUGCCCCCAGAAACGUUACGGUCUGUAUAUAACUUUGGAAAGUAGAUAUAUUUGUAACUGUCCGUAGGACCCCGGCGCCAAUGGUGUAUGAUGGUUUAAUGAGCCUCCUUCAUUUGUGAUCUGCAAGAAAAUUGCUUUCUUGUUCCGAUGUAGCAAACUUCUUGCUGUUUCUAACAGGUAAUUCUGUGUUUCCAUUUCAUAGAAAUAAAUG